AUGCCACUCCAAUUCUGGAGAUCGCCUGGACAAGGCUCAAAAGACACCGAUCCACUGCUCGAGGCAGCAUGUCCUCCACAAAUCGACGACGAUUACCUGAAAACCGACGAAGAGGAUAGCGACGACGAUAGUGAUGAGGACGAGGAUGUGAAAGAGGCUCGUGCUGAGCGGUUGCGCGAGACUGGAGGCUGGCUUGGCUACCUGAAUGACUUUACCAUUUUCCUGCCUUAUGUCCUACCCAAACGAGACAUCAAAGUACAGAUAUGUCUACUCAUCUGUCUCAUCACGAUCGCGAUAGAGCGCGUUCUGCAAGUGGCUAUCCCGUACGUCCUUGGAAUGAUUGCGGACAAAGUCACACAUGGAUCGAUACCUAUUCGAGAACUCCUCAUCUUCCUUGUCCUGGACCACCUCAACGGCGAUUCAGGCUUGAUCUUCAUUCAAGAGCUGUCUAAAAUACCCAUCAAGCAAUUCUCGUACAAGCAAUUAACCAACACUGCUUUCGGCCAUGUCAUGGCCCAGUCAAUCGAUUUCCAUUCUACGCAAGACUCAGCAGAGGUCAUGAAGGCUGUUGAACAAGGCGAAGCGUUGGGCAACGUCCUCGAGUCGGUAGUCAUCGAAAUCCUACCAACCAUGAUCGACGUCGUCGUAGCUUGUACCAUCUUCUACCGGAAGUUUACUCCGGCAGUGGGGAUGGUUCUGCUCGGUGCAUCAAUCUUAUUCCUGGCAGCCGAAGCUUUCUCAACGCGACUCACAACCGGCCCCCGGAGGAAUGUGACGAAAGCGGAACGAGUCCAGAUACGAAAGAUGCACCAAGCGAUUCAAGGUUGGCAAACUGUGACCUACUUUAACCAGUUCAAGAGGGAGGCCCACGUAUUGUCCAAUGCUGUGAACAACCACAUGAAGGCAAGGACACGCUUCGAAGCACGGCAAGCAUUCAUCAAGGCUCUCGUUGAGCUGCUAGUACCGACUACCUUCUUCGCUCUAGCCUACCUCAUCCUCCAACGCAUCGCUGCAGGCACUGCAUCACCAGGAGACUUUGUCUUCUUCCUCACGUACUGGGACUCAAUCAUUUACCCGCUAAAGUUUUUGACAGAACAUGUCCGGUGGUUAGUGCGCGACUUUGUAGACGCCGAACGAGUUCUGCACCUUCUACAGACCCAGCCGUCAGUCACAGACGCACCUGAAGCCUACCCACUCGCAGUGCGCGACCGCGAAGUGCGAUUCGAAGACGUAUCCUUCCAGUACGACUCGAGCCGCUACGCACUCCACGACGUCUCCUUCACCGUCUCGCCCGGCCAGACCGUCGCGCUCGUAGGCCAAACCGGCGCUGGCAAAUCGUCGAUUCUGAAGCUACUCCUACGUCUGCACGACGUCACAUCCGGCAGGGUUACCAUAUCCAAACAAGACAUCCGGCACGUCACACUGAGUUCGCUGCGCGACGCUGUAAGCGUAGUUCCUCAGGCACCCACCUUCUUCAACACGUCCAUCAUGGAGAACGUACGGUACGCACGCAGCACCGCGAGCGACCAAGACGUCCACGAAGGUUACAACACCCACGUCGGCGAGCGUGGCGUCAAGCUGUCCGGUGGCGAGGCGCAGAGACUUGCGAUUGCGAGGGCGCUGCUCAAGGACGCGCCGAUUGUUCUGCUGGAUGAGGCGACGAGUGCGGUCGAUACGGUGACAGAGGGUAGCAUCAAGAGGGCGUUUGAGAAGCUGAAAGAGGGAAGGAUUGUGAUUGUUAUCGCGCAUCGGCUGAGUACGAUUGUUGAUGCUGAUUCGAUUCUAGUGUUGCAUGAGGGGAGCAUUGUAGAGAGGGGAACGCACCAGGAGCUGUGCGAUAGAAAAGGGCGGUAUUAUGAGCUGUGGGAGGGGUCCUAG